GUUUGCAACACUCUGAAUGAAAAACACAUGGAGAUAGACAGAGGAAGGGAGUGAGUGGAACAGAAAUAGAGAGAGGGAGAGAGAGAUUGACUAAAUCCUGUUCAGUGAAAGGGGGAGCACAUUCACACCCUUUAGAGGAUUCACAGGAAAAGAGAGAAUCAGAGAAACACAUUCAAAUAUCAUCUUCAGUCACAGCAAGGCUGCUGGGGUUUCAGUGAGGAGAUUGAGUGAAACAAAUAAACAUGUCCAACUCAAUCUUGCGACGACAUUCCAGCAAAAAGGGAUUGGAGAACCUCCAGAGGAUCACUGUUCAGCGCAGUCUGGAGGAUGCAGAAGAAAUUGAGAGAGAACAACGACGACGUGCAAGAACCAGUUCCUCUACUGAGCUGUCUCAACCCACCGUGACCCCACAGGACAGCCCUCGCACUGCACAGCCUCUGGACAACCAGGGUCAGAAUGAUCUGGUUCCAAGCUGCCCAUCCUCUUUGGAAGAGGACGAAGGCUUCAGUGAUUGGACACAUCUGAGCAGGCGCAAACAGGGACAAAUGGAACAUAAAGAUGUAGAAACACAUCUCAACGGCUCCUGUCACGCAAAACUGCAGUUUUGUUCCAGCUCUGCUCAACAAAGUAAACCGCAUGAUAUCAAUGUGUUUGACAGCACCCCAUUCAUACAGACCCGACCCCCCCUUUCAAAUCAGCAAAACCUGGAUGAGGAUGGUGAUGAUGAAGACUGGGGUGCCAGAGAGCAGGAAAGAAGAGAUAACAUUAACGCAGCAGAGAGGGAGGAGGGAGAGACUGGACGGUGGUGUGCAGAGGAGGGCUAUCCAAGAAGCGUGAAAGGACAUGAGUCAUCUUUCUGGAAAAAACUAAAUCAGAGCUGUGACAUGGAUGAGAAGAGAGGAAAGAAGGCAGAGAUGAAGAUUUCCUACACCUCUACAGUCCUCCUCCAACAGAAUGGGAGACAAUACAGUACUAAUGAACAAGAGGGGAGGAGAACAAAUGACAGAGAACGAAAGAUACAGAGCAACAUGGACUCUUCAGUCGAUUCAGCAGCUCUCAGCAGUCCAGAGAGUGUGUCUGAGGAGGUGUUUGUAAAGAGCAGUGAGGAGAACCAGCAGCAUAGAGAGACAGGAGAUCAGACUCAUGAGGAGGUGCAGAGGAGGAUGAGAGAGGAGGAGCGAGAGAGGAAGAGAAGGGAUGUGAUGGAAAAGUUGAAGAGGUUGAGUAUAUCCAGCGGAGAUCCAGAGGAGCCCUUCAGUCCUCUCAGCCCCAGGAGCCCCUCCUACAUGGCUGAGGGUGAGGAGUGGCAAUCAGAAGGUACAAGCUCGCUUACUGAGAGGACUGAGUCUCUAAACCGCUCCAUUAAAAAAAAGAACAGUAUAAAGAAGACCCAACCUCCCACGAUCAUCUCGAAGUUAGAUGGCAGACUGGAGCAGUACAACCAUGCCAUUGAGGAGUCCUGUAAAGAGGGCAAUGUAGUCAAGGUAAUGGACGUUCCAACACCACCAGAACCCGUAUCUGCUCGGAAGACCCUGUUUGAGGCGGGAGAGGCCUGGAAUCAGAACUCAACAAAGGCUGUGUCCUCCAAGGAUACAGAGGGAAUGAAAGUGGGUGUGUCAGAUCUAAUUAACCAAUGGGUGAAAGGAAACUGUGAUGUCAGCACCAAGAGCCCUUCCUCCAAAGCAGCUGAUGUUAAGUGUCAGGAUGUUAAGGCUGGUGAGGUGCGUAACAUAAAAUCCAUUUGGGAGAAUCUGGGAGAUGCCUCAUCACAGGAUAAACCAAAUGCAAAGGGACUGGCUGGAAAAAUGUACAAAUUUGUUGAGAGUGGGCACGGGAAAUAUGAGAAGGUCUUCAUAAAUAACGACACAAACUGAAGAACAAGU